AUGGAAGAACAGACAGAAGCAUCAUCGUCUGUGGCAGACUCCUCUGUCUCGCCAAUCUCAGCAUCAGCUUCACUAUCCAACAAACCAAGGAGAACACGAUUGGCACCUUCAGUGCUACCCACGCGCGUCAGUAGCGCCUGUGAACGAUGCCGUCUCCACAAAUCCCGGUGUGAUCCAUAUCGACCAUGUUCAUUGUGUGUGCGAGCGAAUGUCGAAUGUCGGCAACGCCCUGCAAUUCAACGACGCGCGGGAAAUCUCCCAUCACUACCUGGCGCUCGAGGAAAGCCAUCGCAUCGCCAAAGACAAAUAUGCAGUCCUCCAUCUGGGGAAUUGUUGCAGGGUCCGACCACUAGAGGGAACGAUCCGGUUUCGUCGCCCCGAACGAUGUCGGCGGACAAUCGCCACCAAUAUAACCCGAUAUCAUCGUCCAUUGAACCUGGUGAAGCCGAGUCUGCCAUGGGUAUUGCUCGCAAGAUAUGCGAGCUAGGCAGCCAGCAUCUAGACGAACAAACCACUUCGGCCAUUCCUGGCUACUCAGCAAGUAAAGGCGUCUUACCUGCGCCUGGCACUGCCGCAAAUCGUCGUCCUAUUUCCGCCAUUCUAGGUCAACCAUUCCCUGCGACCGAGAUCAUAUACAGUCUAUUGGAUGAUUACUUUGACACGGUUCAUUGGUUUUCGCUGGUAGUCUAUGAGCCCAAAUUUCGUCGCAAGCUUCAAACCAUUGCCGACGGUUGCGCCGACCCCACCCAGCGACCCUUCCUCUUAUUACUGGCAGUCAUGCUCGGUAUGGCGGCAUGGUACCGGUCACAAAGCAGCCGUCAGGAGCUGUCUAACGCGAAUGACAAUUGGGCGGACUGGAGUGAUAUUCUUAUGCGACUGGUUGAAAACAAUCUGAUAGAUGUGAUGGACCAUCCUUCUCUCCUCGCAAUACAGACCUGCAUUCUCUUCGGUUCAUAUCAUGUUUACCACGGAAGACCAAAUUUGUCGUUUACUCUACUUGGGGCGACUAUCAAAAUGGCACAUGCGAUUGGCAUGCAUCGUGAGCCUCGACGCGGUGAUAUUGAUGACAUCGAAGAGCGAAAGCGAGUGUGGUGGACGAUCUACACAUGGGACCGGUUUGCAUCCAUCACGUAUGGCACACCAUUGGGCAUAAACGACAAGGAUUGUAAUUUGAACAUGCCUGCAGACAUUUACGAAAACCCAUCCUUCGCUCACCCGGCCUCUGAUGACUCUGCUUCUGUCUGCUAUUCGCCAUAUCAACGGGAAUUGAACCGACUUUAUCUGAUUGCAUCGCCAGCACUUGAGAUCAUCUUUGGCUCUCGUACUUCACGGACGUCUCAAGAUCUAGUCAGGGACAGUUUUGUAAGUUUGGUCCAGGAGACUUCGGAAAAGCUUCAUUCGUGGCGACAAUGUCUCCCAAGCCACUUGGUCCUCGAUCUCCAGCAAGACUUCCGUGCAACCGGUGAACAGAGCUCCAAAGCGUAUGCCUUGCAAGCCUUGUCACUUCAUCUAACAUAUGACAACAUUUUGAUCGUGCUUUACCGUCCUUUAAUUUCAAGGCAGGUGGACCAUCUCUGGACGAGCAACUUGUCACCUGGGGUUGACGAAAUACAUUCGACUGCUUUUGCGACGGCAGCUGCUCCAGACUCGUCCAGAAGAACUCCUAUCCAAGCCAGCACAGCCAACUCGGAAUUUUGGAUGAAAGCCGCCAUUCGAACGUCCAGAAUAACUGAGCUGCCGGUGCUUGCGCAACUGGCGACCGAUAGUCAUUUGGUCGCCUUCCUCGCCAUCAAUUUAUUCAACGCCGCGGUUGUCUUGGCAGUAAUGGCCAUAUCAGAGCCGCUUUCUGAUACAGCUCAAGAAGUCAAGCGGACGAUGACCCGCAUUCUUCGUCUACAAGACCUCUUGGGAAAGCGCUCAGCCCUCUCCAGACAAAGUACUCAGGUUCUGAAGAAGGUGGUUACGAUGCUUCUCCGCCGGGAAUCGGCCGCCAUGCUCGCCCCUCUUGCGGAAUCCACCGCCUUCACUGAGUACGAUACCAAUGGCGACCGAGCUCUACCUGAUCCACCUCCCAUGUCUGUCGAAGAGACGCUGCGAUUGCCGUUAAAUGCGACUUUAGACAUGGUGGAUCCCUUGGUGGGCAGUCAGGGGAGCUCUAACUUCGAUCGCGCUGGUCGCGUCAAUGAAAGCUUGACUUCCCUUCAGUACGUCAUGGUUCCCGGCCAGGAUUACACGCUCCACGUUCCUGUACUAGGAGAAAGUCAGCGGGGUCAAUUGCCUACUCAUCCUAACAUUUCCCCGGCGAAUGACUGGGCGCUCCCUGCGCCAAGCGACUGGCAACGGCCCAAUGGUCUUACGCCACCUGGGGAAGACGGUCAUUACAACAACGUAGAAAACGGUCUCUACUGGCUCUGGGACACCACAUGGAAUGGGCUGUGA